UAAAGAAAGCAUGGUGAUACAAUGUGAUUUUUAUACUUUAAUUUCAUUUUAAUGCUUCAACUACUUCUCAAUUUUUUUGAAUCUCAAAUUUUCCAUUGUUCUAAAUAUUAAAAUUUAUUUAUUAUUUUGAUUUUUCACAAGAAAAAAGGUGCUCCUUGCAUUAGUGUUUUUUUGCCAUAGAAAAAAAAGUUAUCGUGUUAAAACGUGCUCUGUUGACAUUAAAAAUUAUUUUUCUUAAAUAUCUUCAAAUAUUUUCAAAUAAUUAACUAUUAAGAAAGUAUUUUUACAAUAAUUUUUAAAGUAAUCGUUGUUAAAACGUUAGUGACAACAGUUAAUCAAUGAGAUGUUGAAAGCUUAGAAUAACACCAAAAUGCCGGCUUAAUUGCGUCAUAAUUUUUCCUUUGUAAAAUUUACGGUGAUUAAAUUCUUUUAUUUCCAUUCAUCAACAUUUUACCGAAAAGAGAAAAAGAAACGGCAAUUCUUUGUUUGGAAAAAUGGAAAUAUCGAAUGCAGACGUGACUUCCGAGGAAUCGGGAAAGAAGAUUAACAAUCUAUGCAAUAUGUCGUGGCUAAAGCAUAAUUCAAAAUCAUCAUCAUCAGAGAUUCAAACUGUGAAUGAAAUUCAAAGUGCGAAUGAAAUUCAAACUGGAAAUGAUAUUCAGACUGAGAAUGAUAUUCAAACUGGAAAUGAUAUUCCAACUGUGAAUGACAUUCAAAAUUUAAAUGAAGAGACAGAAAAUGAGAAAACUAAGAAAACUGUUAAGAAAAGAAAGCAAAAGAAAUCGAAAUCUGUCGUUAAUUCCAAAACUUCGGACACUGAUACAGAACAGACUUCAAGAAAGCAGGAAAAACGUAAAACUAAAGUUUUGCCAGUUACCGCGAUAACAGUUGCAAAUCCGCCUACCGUUUGGAAUUCCAAAACCGAUGCAGCCAGUACUUUAUUUCCCAAUGCACAAGGUCCGCCAAUAGUUGACGAAUUCGACGAGGAUCUUCAAUUAAGUAAAGCAUUGGAAGAGAGUAUCAUCACGGCACAAUUGGAACAAUUCAGAAUGACACCUGAAAAAAAUAAAAUACAAAAUUGGGCUGACGACGCUGAUGAACCAGAAUGGGGAGCUGUCGGUAAAAAUUUACCGGAACCAUCGGAGAACACUAACAGGGAAUGUGAAGUAAAACUCGAGAAGAAGCCGCACGAUGAUAACAAUAAUAGGAACAAUAAAUCGAAUACAGAAGAGAACGUGAUAAAGUUUGAUAAGUACGGAAGAUUUGAUGGACGCAAUGAACGACAUCUUUUUAUGGGAAAAGGAGCUAGAGUUCGAGAGGAACAUUAUAUUAAUCAACACACUGACAGGAACGUACGAACAUCGAAUUCAGAUUUCCACAGUGACCAGCGAAAUAUUCGCGAAAAAACUUUUGAAACUUUCGGCAAUAGGAACAGAGAUUAUAAAAAUUAUGAUGAGAAAAAUUGGAAUCACCGAAAUCGCAAUCAAAAGGAUUCCAGAGAAAGGAAUGCAAAUUCAAACUUUGACAAUGGACGAGAGUAUAGAAAUAGAAAUUACCAAACUUCAAAUCAACGUGAAGGACAAUGUAAUCAUCAAUAUUCGAAUCAACCUCGUAAAAGCGAAACUUUUCUACAAUCUAAUUCACUAUCGAGGUAUAAAUAUCGCCAAAUGGAUUAUGAAUCUCCGAUUGAGAGAAAUAAAAGUAAUUCCCAGAAGUAUAAUCAACAAUCGAAGUCUGAUUAUCUGUGUCCUGAACAUCGAAAAAUAUUUAUGAAUGAAGAAAGUUCUUCGGCGGAGAAAGAAUUUAAAAUUGUGGAGAAAUUAGAAGAUAAGGAAGCAACUAAAUUAGCCGAAUUACCAUCGAGUGGUUCCAGUGUGGAGAAAAUUGAAUUUAAAAAAGAUGAGGUUGACGAACCUGUUAAAACGACUGAGACGAAUAGUUGCACUACUUCCGUUUUGGAUGAGGAUAGUUCGUCAUUGGUGUUCAUGCAGGAGAGUCUCGACGAUAGUGAUAUUCUGAUAAACGAUCACGCUUCGGAAACUACAUCCGAGCAAAGUGAAGAUAAUCCAAUACUAUACGGAAAUCCCUAUCCAAAUCAUCCCUAUCAAAUGAUGCACCAAACUGGAAUUUGUCCAAACGAAAAUAACAUGCUACCAUCAUCGCAAAUUCCCAACGAAAUGGAAUUCAAAUUAGUGACAAAUCCAUUCAUACCAACAGUUCCCCUAUCAAGUGCACCGCACACUCAAGAAAUGCUCCCCCAGGAAACUGGAGCACUUCCCAUGCAAAACAUAGACAUGAGAUUCUAUCCUCAACAUCCAAUGAACAUGGUCCACAAUCAUCAUCAACCGGGAAAUCCUUACAUUCCCCACAUCAACUAUCCCAUGGGAAUGCAAAUUCAUUCCUGCGGUCAAAUCUCCCAAUUACCCGUUGGCAAUAUUCAGGGAAUAAAUUACAUGCAUCAACAUCCAAUCACCUGUCAACAGUGUCCACCACAAUUUUGUCAUUCACAGCGCAUACCAAUGCAGAAUAUCACUUGUCAAAAUUAUCCCACUCAAUUUGUCACACCAAUCACCACUGUUCCACUGCCAAUGGCACCGAUCAGUCCCGAUCAAAUUCAAUCCGCGCGACAUCAGGAAAUUCUCUCAACACCAGUCACGGAAAUUGGUAAAUCAGUCAGUAAUCUCGUGACACUUUGCGAGAGUCUCCCAUCGCGAAGAAUGGGACUCUCAAAUUGUCCCCCAGGCUUUGAGAAUACCGUCUACGCAAAAUCGAUGCAGAGAAAAGUUAUCUACAACAACGAACAUGAUUUGCCGACAUUUAGAAAUCAGAAUUCAUGGAAGAGUCCCGAGAGACAGGAAAAAAUAACAGUGGAAUUUUUAGAUAAUGUUAUUCAAAGGAAUUUGCAGGCUUACAGAAAUAAUAAGGAUAAUAGAGAAGAGGAAAGUGAAACGGUAUGCCAGAAGCCAAAAUUCACCGCCGGUUCAUAUAAUGAACGACUUUUUGAAACUUACGGCGACGACAAUAAGAUACAAAAAAAACAGAAUACUCAAACACCAAGACCUGGCUUUCGUUCUGGAUUUGGUCGUGGAAAGAGACUGCCUCCUACCAAUUAGGUAUUUUUUCCCCUUUUGUUAUUAACACCCUUUUUUUUCAAAAACAUUAAAAGCAGCUGUGUUUAGCUUUUAGUUUCAAUUCACCAAGUGAUGUAUUUUUUUUUUUUUUUGUUGGUGAAACAAAGUCUAUAAAUUUUUUUAUUUUUAUAAAAUUUUCCAUUUUUUUUUUACUAUUAGUAUGCUUUUUUCGAUAAGACAGAACUUGUGAUUAUUAGUUUUACAUUUUUCAUUUUUUUUUCUGGUCAAUAGUUAUUACAAAUAAAGAAAGAAAUACGAGAUAAGAGAGAAUAUUCUCAAAUGAGCGACAGAUUAAAAGAAAAGAAAGUAGAAGAAGAAGAAAAGAUUAAAGUAGAAACGUCAAAAUGAAAGACUAAACAAUUUUUUACAAAGUACUUUUUUUAUCUCGUCACUUAUUACUAUUUUUAUAUAUUACUAAUUAAUAAUUAAUAAUAAUUCAAAGAUACCUCUCACAAUCAACGUGGCUAUUUAUAUUAUAAAUUUUUUCCUUUUUCAAAAGAUUCUUUUUUCAAAAAGAAAAAAAAACACUAUAUUAACUUCUUCUUAAGAAACUUUUUUGUUUUAAUCCUAAAAAAAAAAUAAAAAAAUUGCAAAUUAUGAAAUUAGAAAUUCUAAAUAAAAAUUAAGAAUGAGUAAAAUUGAUUAAUGAUUAACUAAAAAAUUGUUUUGUAAUUUCUUAAGAAUCUCAAUGUAUUUUUUGCCAAUAAAAGAAAUGAGGGUAAAAUCAUUUCUUAUGUGAUAGGAAUUUUUUUUUUUAUUUUCUCUAUUUAUUUUUUUUUUGUUUUUUAAACUAUUUGAUUACUAAGUAUUAAAAAAUAAAAUAUAAAUAGCCACGUUUUAAUUUACAAUGUGCCCUUAUGUGUAAUGAAAAAGGGCAAGAGCUGUAAAUGUAUAUAUAUAAAAUAUAAAACUGUUUUUUUCUAAACUUUCUAAAGCAAAUGUUUAGAAUAUCUUUAUAUUAAAGUAUUUUUAGCACAUUGAUAUAAUAUGAUAUUUACUUAUAAAUAGAAAUUAUAGGAAAAAGAACACAGACUUUAAAUAAAGAAAAAAGAAUCAAGUGCAUAUGUUUAAAAACUGCAUUUAAAGUUAUAAAAAAAACACUGUAACGUGCUAAAUGAACUGAUUAUACUUAUUUUCAUAAGAUAUGGAUAUUUUUUUGUUCAACUUACAUUUAUAAAUUCAAAAAAAGUAUUACGUUUCUAUAAAAUUAUAUAAAAA